GGUGGAAACUAGAAUCACAAUCACUUUUUUUUUUUCUCGGUUGCAUCUUACAACAGGCCAAAAGCUCUUUUCCUUCGCUCUCUUUGUUCUUUUUCCUUUCUUUGAUCAAAUUGAAAAAAAAAAAAAAAAAUCUUGAUAAUAGACUAAACAAGGAUCACCAAAAGAAGCAAAGAGGGAGGGAAACUGUGCUUCAAGCAUGAACCCAUCAUCAGCAGUAGUAGCUAGCAGGGACCGAGCCCUCUCUUUUUUCAACCACCCUCUCUCACAAGCUCACACUUUUCCACUUGCAAAGUUCAAAAAUGGCUCCAUUAUAGCGCCCAUCAAUAACCAAACCAGAAAACCAAAGCCUAACGCUCUCUUUACUUCUUCUAAACGGUUCCAAGCGAUCAGAGCUUGUUCUGGAGAGAGGAAUCCACCUGCGAAGGCACUUAGACAGAUUCUGGAAUUGCCAGGGGUUCAUCAAGGCCCUGCUUGUUUUGAUGGUCUCAGUGCUAAGCUUGUUGAAAGAGCUGGCUUUCAGUAUUGUUUCACCAGCGGAUUUUCCAUUUCUGCUGCUCGCCUGGGAUUACCAGACACAGGAUUUAUUUCCUAUGGUGAAAUGGUGGAUCAGGGGCAACAAAUCACCCAGGCAGUCUCAAUUCCUGUCAUUGGGGAUGGUGAUAAUGGAUAUGGAAAUGCAAUGAAUGUCAAGAGAACUGUUAAAGGAUAUAUAAGAGCAGGCUUUGCAGGGAUCAUUCUUGAAGAUCAGGUGUCUCCAAAAGCUUGUGGUCAUACACAAGGCAGGAAGGUGGUGUCCAGAGAGGAAGCUGUGAUGAGAAUUAAAGCAGCUGUUGAUGCUCGCAAAGAGAGUGGUUCUGACAUUGUUAUUGUGGCACGAACAGAUUCUCGUCAAGCACUGUCUUUAGAGGAGUCACUUUGGAGAUCAAGGGCUUUUGCUGAUGCUGGAGCAGAUGUCCUUUUUAUUGAUGCUCUAGCCUCUAAAGAAGAGAUGAAAGCCUUCUGUGAAGUUUCUCCAUUAGUUCCAAAAAUGGCUAAUAUGCUUGAAGGUGGGGGGAAAACACCAAUACUCAAUCCGCUUGAACUUGAGGAAAUUGGAUAUAAACUUGUAGCAUAUCCACUUUCCUUGAUUGGGGUGUCUAUACGAGCAAUGCAGGAUUCACUAACUGCCCUGAAAGGAGGUCGUAUCCCCCCUCCUGGAAGCAUGCCAUCUUUUGACGAAAUCAAGGAAAUCUUAGGUUUCAAUAAUUACUAUGAGGAAGAAAAAAGAUAUGCUACCAGCACCUAUCAGCUAUAUUCAGACAGAGUGAGCAGUAAUGCAUACAGUAUACAAAGGGUUCAAGAUGACUCGGAACAAAGAGGUCAAAGUCCUCAAGAUCCAGUUGUCGAGGUGAUAACUCCUGAUGUAUACAAUAACUAUGGUGCAGAUGGUUCAAGGGGUCCUUUUUCUGGGAUCUGGUCUCGGACGUUGAGAAUCAAGAUUACUGGAAGAGAUGGAUUUGAGAAACUUGAUGUUAGAAUUCCUGCUGGGUUUUUGGAAGGAGUCACAAACAUUGUUCCAGCUUUGGGGGGUGUAAACAUCAAGGCAUUGUUGGAUGAUGCUGCUGAGGAAGUAGGGGGGAAGCUGCUAUUGGAUUUUAAUGAUACAAUGGGUGACAGGAUUCAAGUCUUUCUUGAAUGAUCCCAUUGUAAUUGAACUUUCAAGAUUCUACAGUUAAAGGUAGAUUUUUUGUUACAUCUGAAAAUUUGGAGAUGUGAUCGUGAAGGUAGCAAGGGGAGGUCCAUUGGAUUUGUAUUGCAACACUAACCCCAGGUUAAGGCUUCCUUAAGAGUUCCGAAGUGUGUUCUAGUUUCUUUUAUACGUUACUUUGUUAGAACCAGGCCACAGAAAUCAUACUCUGCAAGCCUAUGUUGAACAAACUGAUCAAACCAUAAUUUAUUUAUACCAUCAGAAGGGAAGUUCUGAGGACAUUGCAUUCCUCUCUCAUGGAGUUUUUCAAAAUCAAGCUUUUUGCAUUUCUUGUGACAAUUCUGUGUCUCUUGUUCAGCCUGAUGCUAUCAUAACAGUCUGUAUAAGGGAAAAUUAUGGUGUUAAUUCAAAUAUUUUGUUAACUGUA